AUGGGGAUAGAGAGAGACACAGGAGAUAUGAACUUGAGGAAUUAUGCAACAUCAAGUUAUGAGAUGUCAUCUGAAGGAAAACUAGGUGUAGAAUUUGGAAAAGACUUAGACUAUGAGAACUCUGAUUCAUUGCACAGUCAAGAUGAAUCUGAUGACUUAGGCUCAAUGAAGAGGUGGCAAGAAUUUAACCAAGAAAUUGAUAUGGAAAAUCCUAAAAUAGAAAAAGGAAUGAUAUUUUCAGAUAGGGAGGCACUUAAAGAAGCUAUAAAGCAGUAUGGAAGGAGAAAUAGGUACAAUUUGAAGUUUGUGAGGAAUGAUAAACUUAGGGUGAAAGCCAUUUGUAAAGAAAAUUGUACUUGGGUGUUAUGGGGAUCAAAAAUGAACUCAAGUGAUAAAUCGGACAACACAUGGCAAAUUAAAACUUAUAACAGUGAGCACACAUGUUCAAAGGAUAUAAAGAACAGAAAUGUUACUUCAAAAUGGAUGGCAUCCCAUUAUUUGCACAAAUUUGCAGCUGACCAUAAGUACUCAAUCACAUCAUUACAACAGGAUGUGAGAAGGGAUUUUAAUUUAUUAGUUCAUUUGAGCAAGUGCUAUAGGGCUAAACAAAUAGCACUAGAACUGGUAUUAGGGAAUGCCAAGGACCAAUACUCCAAAAUUUAUGACUAUUUGCAAGAACUUAGGCAAGCAAACAUUGGAACCACCACAAUUUGCUUCUUGGACUGCAGAUUAUUUUUAAGGAUGUAUGUUUGCCUUCAAGCAUGCAAGGAGUGGUUCAAAGCAGGUUGUAGGCCCAUUAUUAGCCUAGAUGCACGCUUCUUGAAAGGGUAUUAUGGGGGCCAUUUAAUGGUGGCAGUUGGAAUUGAUGCCAAUGAUUGUAUGUACCCUCUUGCAUAUGCUAUAUUUGAGAGUGAAAAUUCUCAGUCAUGGUAUUGGUUUAUUGAGCUGCUCAUACAAGAUUUUGACAUAGUCAAUUCCUACCAUUGGGCAUUUAUGUCAGACAAGCAGAAGGGACUUGUUGAUGCAUUGCUUGAGUUGGUGCCAAAUGCCGAGCAUAGAAAUUGUGUGAGGCAUUUGUACACCAACUUCAAGUCCCGACCCACAAACAAGGGGAAAGCAUUGAAGGACUUUUUAUGGAAAGCUGCAAGGUCCACUUACUUGAAAGAAUAUGAAGAUGCAAUGAGGGAUGAGGACUUUAUCGGAAACUUCUUACAAAUGUACAUUUUGGAGGCAAGGGAUAAGCCUAUAUUAACCAUGAUGGAAACCAUAAGGACCAAGCUUAUGCAAAGAAUUGCCAUGAAAAGAGAAGCAGCUGAAAAAUACACAGGGCCUUUAUGUCCUAAAAUUCAGAAAAAACUUGACAAGAUAAUUGAGGAGUCUAGCAGGUGUUGGUCUAGGCAUGCUGGUGGGAGAAAAUUCCAGGUUUCAUGUGGCCCAGCAGAUCAACACAUUGUUGAUUUGGAGAUUCAGAGCUGCUCAUGUAGAAAGUGGGAUCUCACAGAGAGGAUGAGGAGGAGCUCAGUGAGGGAGGAUGCUGGUGGUGGACAGUGGAGUGGAGUGGGUGGUGUGGCUGGAGGAAGGAAGGAGGAGGAGGCUGAUGGGUGGAUGUGGACGGGACGGAGAGGAGGGGCCUGUUUGGAUAAUGACAAUGAUGAUGGAGGAUGGAGUAUGGUGAUGAACAGACAGUUGGUGAACGGAGAUGAAGGAGGUGAUUGGAAGGAGGCAGGUGGAGGAUGGUGGAGGUGGUGUAAGGUGGAGGUGGGGUGGGAGAUAAAUAUGAUUAAGGUGGAAACAAUUAUGAUGGAGACGACGUGA